GAAUGGGUAAAAGCAAAUAAUAUCUUGUGCCUAUGGACAGUCAGGACCUCCGUUCUGUAUCUCGCCAAGGCACUCUUGGAAGGGGACGAAACCGAAAAUGCUCAAGGUCCUGAUCGUCAGACGCCCGUGAGUGCUAGCGCCCGAGGUCGUCAUAAACGCGAUCGCGUAGCAGAGAAGUUCGAGCUGUUAGCCUUUCACACAGACCAGCUCAAUAUUGGUCGCAAGAUGUCUUUCUUGAGAGCUUCAUUCCGUGCCCAUGCUGUCGUUGCAAAUGCACGACGAUACUCUACCACUCCAGAGACCAAAAAGGCUUCCAACAUUCCUUUGUACCUCGGAGGUGUAGGUGUCGUCGGUUUGGCCGCGUAUUUGUACUUGGAGAAAGGUGCACCGGCAGCGGUAAAGAAGGUGCAGGAGAAGAGUCCCCUGGAUCCUGACCGAUUCGUCAACUUCAAACUCAAAAAAGUCGAGCCUUACAACCACAACACCGCAAAAUACACUUUCGAACUCCCAGCAAAUGAAGCCUCCCUUCUCCCUAUCACCUCUUGCGUCGUUGUCAAGUCCUCUGCAGAUGCACCUGCACCUUUGGUCGAUGCCAAAGGCAAACCCAUUAUCCGACCUUACACUCCUAUUUCACCGUCAGACCUGGAAGGAGAGUUGACAUUCUUGAUUAAGCGGUACGAUCAGGGCAAGAUGAGCAAACAUAUUCAUGACUUGAAGCCCGGCGAAACGCUAGCUAUCAAGGGACCCAUUAUGAAGUUCCCAUACAAGGCAAACGAGUUUGAACAAGUCGGUCUGAUUGCUGGUGGAACUGGAAUUACACCCAUGUACCAACUCCUCAACCACGCUCUUUCUGAUAAAUCCAACAAAACCAAGUUUACCCUCGUCUUCGCUAACAUGACACCCAAGGACAUCCUCUUGAAAGAGGAAUUCGAUUCACUCAAGAAGAAGUACCCCGAUACUUUCAAUGUUAUCUAUAUCGUAGACAAGCCGGAUAGCGAAUGGAAAGGACCCACCGGUUACAUCAACAAAGAUCUCGUCAAGCAACACAUCCCACCCUCGUCUCUCGGUCAAAAAGUCAAAGUUUUCGUUUGCGGUCCUCCAGGCCAGGUGAACGCCCUUGCCGGGAAUAAGGAUGGGAUGAAGCAAGGCGAACUUAGUGGUGUCUUGAAAGAGCUGGGCUAUACAGAGGAUCAGGUGUUCAAGUUUUAGAUGCGUUAGAUCCGAUGAGAGGAUAUAGAUCUGUGUGUGCUACGAAUAUAAAUGAAUACAAUAUCUCAAGAAUUUACUACAC